CAUAUCUCACUGGUCAAACCGCCAUUCGCGUGGAUGACAGGAUGGCUGGCCUCGGACCCCUUUGCUGAGAACGCUGGAUGCUCCCACCACCCUCCAUGGACCUAUGCGAACGUGGCCCACUCACAGAUAUCGCCUUCAUCAGGUCAGCUCGAAGCUGAAACCUCACGCUGACUGCCAUCCAUCAUUCGCAGGCCGCGAUGCUCAUGGCCUGCGUACGAGUAAUAAUAAUAUCAUUGUUCUCGGGACAUCCUUAUCUUUCCCUGGUCGUUUCUCGCUGACCCUCUUUCUAUUUCCUCGUUGUUCUCUACCAGUGCUGUACGUCGAGCCACCUCCCUCAGGUUUCACAAGCUCCGGGUGCCCUUCUCGCUUUGUUAAAUCUUGACGCACGCUUCCGUGGCAGAAGACAAAUUUCGAAAUUCGCUCUCCGAGGCGAUAUGCUGUGAAAAGAGCCGGGACUACCCUUCAGCCUUGGCCAACGACAGACAAUCAGACCGACGAUUCGACCCAGAGGCUGCUCUGACAAUCUUCUCUCCGUUCUGUUCUUCCGAUUCUGGUCGAGACUCAGACCUCACAGACGCAAUGAACAAGAAACUUGCCCUCCAGACGGAUGCUUCGGCUUUGAUACCGAAAAAGUAUCGGGGUGACGAUGACGAUCCGCAUUUUAUUCCAGACUCGCCUCUUAUCGACCGACAGGCGCUGACCGCACAAGAGGAGGGGGAGUUGAAGCGCAUAUGCGCCUUGGUAUUGGCCAAUGUACCACACUCGGACGAUAUGUCCGAUGAUCCUCUCAAAUAUAUUGCUGCUCAGAUCCAAGAAGGCAAAACAGCACAGAAACAGCCCGGCGCGAAGCGUGAGCGGAAGCCCGAACCAGCCCACAACGUCGAGGCCGCGGCCAGCGUGACGCACCAAUUCCUCGACAUACAAGACGACUCUGCGACACCGUCAGAAGUUUCUCUUCGUGGUACCAUAACUGCCACUGAUUAUUCAACACCCUUGACGAGCGCCGGUAUCACUCCUGGCGAGACAGCGCGACGUUUUUCCGACGCCGCCCGGAAGUCCGUUAACAGCACCAAGAAGCCUGGCAGCAGUCUCCGAAAUGAAUCAACCACGGUGACAACCAAGAGCCGGACGACGUCUUCUGGAGGCAUUCACAGGUCGAUGGAAGCGAGCAAGCCCUCGGCUGAGGCAGAAGCCAUCAAAAAGACACUGCGAAUCGUAACAGACGGAUCAUCACGACCCCAAAGUGGCAGUACCAAAUCAAUGGAGCAGCCUCGCCCCAUCAGGUUUUCGGCCCCGGACCUGAACAAAAGACUUCCUCCUCCCCCACCUGAGUCGCCUGUUCCCGAGGAACAGAAGCAGCCCCAUAUCAGCAGAUUGAUGAAGACUAUUCGCAAAAAGAAAAGCAUGACGACAGAAGGCAGAAGUUUCUCGACCGGGUCGACGCCUCCAAUGCCCUCCGCCACUACACCGAGAACUCCAUAUCCCCACUCGUCGACAACACCAGUGACUGACAAUGCAGCUCAGGAACCUCCGAGGAAGAAAUUCAGGAUACCUCUUUUUCACAGGAGACAACGGCCGGCGGAUGUCCUGGUUACUUAAACAUGCUCGUUGACCCGGACAUACUCGCAUUUGGGCGCAACACCCCCACACCACACUCAUUCUUUCAUGACACCAGCAGCGUAGGCGUUCAGGACAUCGACGCCAGGAGACCUCGAACUGAUCCUUCUUUCCCGAGGAGGACGACAUCUUUCAAUAAAUGUAUUUUUUUGCCACACACACGACGUGUUGUCACUGCAACACAUGACGACCUUUCAUUUAUGUGCAACAAAGCUUUAGGGGACCUAUACGUGUCACUGGGUCUCCAAGAAAGAUUUCCUCAUGUCAUUACUAUGGGUGGUCAGCUUGUUAUGCAGCAACGAGAGGGGGGGGGGUCGGAUGGUGUCGAGUGGGAUCGGCACAUAGCAAAAAGAGCACUCCAAACGUGCGGAGGAUAUUGAUAAACCUAAGAGAAUAUGGGAUCAGUGCUUCUCGGAAACUAGAAAAGUCUUUAGGAAGGGAAAGAGCGAUCUUGUCACUGACAGAUAACACAGAAAUACACCUGAUGAGUGGACACUGUUUCUGAUAAGGCUGACUGCUAUCAAUUCAAGUGCUCAUUUCGCACAGCUCGGUGAGAGACCGAAGGCACAAUCACUGGAAUAAUCCGCAUUUCAAUAUUCCAUCCAGCGUACAAGGUAC